UAGAUAUCAUGAUAACGACCUAAUGGGCUGAACUAUGCUUCUCUAUAAGUCUUCGCUUAGAAGAUUCUUGAUGAGAUGAACUUGAUAUACAAGAGAUGGAGGUUCAGGAGGUUCUUUGUUUUCUAAUUUUCUUAUUACAUCAGCGUUCCUUAUAUAUCCUGAGAAUGACGAUCUAUACUGUUCAGGGCGUGUUUAGUUUCUUCAAUUUGCCAGCUCAAGUUAGUAUACGUUCGAUUUACUACUCUUGUUAGAAUUUUCUAGAGGUUGAUUGCCCUUUAUAACUUUAAAUGACUGUAUUGUCCCCAAUUAUAGUGUUUUUGUUAUAUAAUCUCUCUAAAAUAUUGUGCUGUGUUAUUCUUAAUUAAAAAUGCUCUAAAGUAUCGGACAGUUGGUACACUCUAUAUAUAUUUGUUCAUUUUUGUAACUAAGUUGUUUGACGUGGUUUUGAGCGAAGCAAAAGCAAGAAUUAACUGCUCUAAUUAUUCGUACAGAGUUUAAAUUGUGAUUAUAAAUUUUAUGUUUUCAAAAUUAAAUAAUUGCACUUCUAAUAAAUGUUUAUAAUAUUUAAAUAAAUCGUUCGAGCUGUGUUUUAAUAACUAAUUUGGGCAAACAAUGAAGUGACACUUUUUUUUUUCGAGUAACUUUCUUUGGUAAAACCAAUAUAAGUAUUAUGAUAAUACAAUAUAGUAAAUAUGAUUCUAUGUCUUCCUUGAAAGGUGAAUGAUUCAAAACAACCGUAAUUAACAAUUAGUUGAUAUUCUACACCAUAUCGUGACCUUUGUAAUUCUAAACAAACUAUAGUAUUUCCCAUGUUUUUUAUUUAUUAAUUGUUAAUAUAAAUUCCGUCAUUCCCAAAUUAUUUUCAUUAUAGAUAUGAUAUAUAAAAGUAGAACUAAGAAUUUAAGGUGCCAUUUUUGGCGAUGUUUUACUGCCGUCUAGUAACCCUACUAGGGUUACUGAUAGUGACAAGUAGUUAUGUGUCUUCAGCACCAGCAAAGUGUAACUGUAAAAACAUCGUAGUCACCCCAUCCGAACAAUCGUGCUUAUUAGGACAUCUUAUACAAAUUCUAACUCAUUUAGUGAAUAACCAACAAAAUCCAAUUUGUGCAAAAGAUUUUAUCAAACAAUUGGAAGAAAUAUGCCAUCAACCUAAAAAUUCUACUUGUACAGAUGCUUCCAAUACAACAGAAGUAAUUUCAACCACUAUCAAAGCAAUAGAAGAAACGACAAGUGGAAAAGUAAACAAUGAAACAACAGAAGCCAUAAACCUCACAUCAAGUGAAACUCCUAAACUAUGGACAACAUCAGAAGAAAUAUUCAGUGAAACAACACAAUCUACAGAAGAAGUAACUACUACUGAAUCUGUACAGUACGAUACAACCAGUCAAGAGUCAAUCGAAGAACCUACAACAAGUGAAGAAGUACGCUCUAUAACAGAUUUUUUUGGAUACCCAAAAGUAACAGAAACUGCCGGAUGGAUGAACGACGAAACAGCCAGUUUUGAUAAUUCUGAUGAAGCAACAAGUGAAAGUAUAAGCAGUACAUCGACUAUUUCUUCUGAAAUACCUACAUCAGCCGAUGAAGUAUCAAGCGAAACAACAGAAGAAAUGUCCUCUACUGAAUCGAUGAGCUACGAAACAACAAGUUAUGAUACCGCAGAAAUGUCAACCAGUGAUAAUGAGAGUUAUACAUCGACGCCAUCACUUGAAAUAUCAACAAAAACUGACGAAGAUAUUUCCACUACUGAAUGUUCCGUAAUAACCGAAAGAGAAACGGAAGAAGCUACUGAAAAAUUAUCAACUACUGAAUCUAUGAGUUACGAAAAAACCACAAAUAGUAGGAUAUAUGAUACUUCCGAAGAUUCGACUACUGAUGAAUCUGUAGACUACGACACCACUAAUUGUGAUACUACAGAAACUACAGAAGAAAUGACUACAACUGAAUCCAUGAGCUACGAAACCACCAAUAGUGAAACAUCCGAAGCCAAAAAUCCAAUUACUGCUGAAGCCAUGAAAUACGAAACAACUGAUUAUUACAACAAAGAUGUUUCAGAACCCGUAGACCACGAAACCACCAACAUUGCGACAUCUGAAGCUUCCAAAGAUUCGACUAAUGAUGAAUCGGUAGCCUACGAAACAACUAGUUGUUAUACUACAGAAAGUACAGAAGAACGUGCAACAACUGAAUCUGUAGAAUAUGAAUCAACCACAUCUGAAAGUUCCGAAGAUUCGACCACUGAUGAAUCAGUACGUUACGAAACAACUAGUUGUGAUACUACAGAAAGUACAGAAGAAAGUGCCACAACCGAAUCUGUAGAAUAUGAAUCAACUACAUCUGAAAGUUCCGAAGAUUCGACCACUGAUGAAUCAGUACGUUACGAAACAACCAGUUGUGAUACUACAGAAGAAAUGGCUACAACUGAAUCCAUGAAUUACGAAACCAGCAGUGAUGGAUCGUAUAAAGACUCCGAAGAUUCGACUACUGAUGAAUCGGUAGCCUACGAAACAACUAGUUGUUAUACUACAGAAAGUACAGAAGAAAGUGCAACAACUGAAUCUGUAGGAUAUGAAUCAACUACAUCUGAAACUUCCGAAGAUUUGACCACUGAUGAAUCAGUACGUUACGAAACAACCAGUUGUGAUACUACAGAAGAAAUGGCUACAACUGAAUCCAUGAAUUACGAAACCAGCAGUGAUGGAUCGUAUAAAGACUCCGAAGAUUCGACUACUGAUGAAUCGGUAGCCUACGAAACAACUAGUUGUUAUACUACAGAAAGUACAGAAGAAAGUGCAACAACUGAAUCUGUAGGAUAUGAAUCAACUACAUCUGAAACUUCCGAAGAUUUGACCACUGAUGAAUCAGUACGUUACGAAACAACCAGUUGUGAUACUACAGAAGAAAUGGCUACAACUGAAUCCAUGAAUUACGAAACCAGCAGUGAUGAAUCAUAUGAAGACUCCGAGGAUUCGACUACUGAUGAAUCCGUAGCCUACGAAACAACAAGUUGUUAUACUACAGAAAGUACAGAAGAAAGUGCCACAACUGAAUCUGUAGGAUGUGAAACAACUACAUCUGAAUGUUCCGAAGAUUCGACUACUGAUGAAUCAGUACGUUACGAAACAACUAGUUGUGAUACUACAGAAGAAAUGGCUACAACUGAAUCCAUGAAUUCCGAAACCAGCAGUGAUCGAUCAUAUGAAGACUCCGAGGAUUCGACUACUGAUGAAUCCGUAGCCUACGAAACAACAAGUUGUUAUACUACAGAAAGUACAGAAGAAAGUGCCACAACUGAAUCUGUAGGAUGUGAAACAACUACAUCUGAAAGUUCCGAAGAUUCGACUACUGAUGAAUCAGUACGUUACGAAACAACUAGUUGUGAUACUACAGAAGAAAUGGCUACAACUGAAUCCAUGAAUUCCGAAACCAGCAGUGAUCGAUCAUAUGAAGACUCCGAGGAUUCGACUACUGAUGAAUCCGUAGCCUACGAAACAACAAGUUGUUAUACUACAGAAAGUACAGAAGAAAGUGCCACAACUGAAUCUGUAGGAUGUGAAACAACUACAUCUGAAAGUUCCGAAGAUUCGACUACUGAUGAAUCAGUACGUUACGAAACAACUAGUUGUGAUACUACAGAAGAAAUGGCUACAACUGAAUCCAUGAAUUCCGAAACCAGCAGUGAUCGAUCAUAUGAAGACUCCGAGGAUUCGACUACUGAUGAAUCCGUAGCCUACGAAACAACAAGUUGGUAUACUACAGAAAGUACAGAAGAAAGUGCCACAACUGAAUCUGUAGGAUGUGAAACAACUACAUCUGAAAGUUCCGAAGAUUCGACUACUGAUGAAUCAGUACGUUACGAAACAACUAGUUGUGAUACUACAGAAGAAAUGGCUACAACUGAAUCCAUGAAUUCCGAAACCAGCAGUGAUGGAUCAUAUGAAAAGUCUGAAGAUUCGACCACAGAUGAAUCCGUAGCCUACGAAACAACUAGUUGUUUUACUACAGAAAGUACAGAAGAAAGUGAAUCUGUAGGAUUUGAAACAACUACAUCUGAAACUUCUGAAGAUUCUACUACUGAUGAAUCUAUGAGACAUGAAACAACUACAUCUGAAACUUCUGAAGAUUCUACUACUGAUGAAUCUAUGAGACAUGAAACAACUUGUUAUACUACAGAAACUACAGAAGAAAUGGCCACCACUGAAUCCAUGAGUUGGGAAACCACUAAUGGAUCAUAUGAAGAAUUCAAUAAUUCUACUACUGAUGAAUCCGUAGCCUACGAAACAACUAGUUGUUAUACUACAGAAAGUACAUCUGAAACUUCCGAAGAUUCUACCACUGAUGAAUCUGUAGCAUAUGAAACAACAAGUUGCGGUACGACAGAAGAAGUAGCCACAACUGAAUCUAUGAGUUACGAAACCACUACUGACGGAAUACCUGAAUCUGCCGAAGAUUCAAAUACUGAUGAAUCUAUGAGGUACGAUACAACUUGUUAUGAUACUACAGAAGAAUUGGCCACAACUGAAUCCGUCAGCUACGAAACCACCAAUAUUGGAACAUCUGAAUCUGCCGAAGAUUCGACAACUGAUGAAUCUGUAAAAUACGAAACAACUAAUAGUGAAACAACUGAUACAACUGAUGAACUAACUACUUGUGAUUCCGUAAGCUUCGAAACAACCAGUUGUGAUACCAUGGAAACUACAGACGAAUCGACCACUAACGAAUUCAUAAACUAUGAAACAACAACAAGUUGUGAUACCACAGCUGAAACAACACGAGAAGAUGUAAGUUAUAUAUCAACUGAAACUCCUGAAAUAUCAACAACUGAAGAAAUAUAUUGUGAAACAACUGAAGCUUCUGAGGAAACAGAAACAAUUGGGGGCAAUAUAACUGAAGAAACAUCAACGAAGAGUACCGAAGAACUAACAACUGAAGAAGAUAUACUCAGCGAAACAACCAGCAAUGAAACAAGCGAAGAAUUAACAACGAGUGAAGACGUACGCCACUUCACAACUGAACCUUUUGAAGAAUCUACAGUUUCUACAAUGCCUGAAGGAAAUUACAGUGAACAAUCAAAAUCAACAAAAGAGCUGACAACAACUGAAAAUUCUACAACAACCAACGAAACCAAACCGUGCGAAAUAAUUACUUGUGUUCAACCAAUAAAAAUGUGCCAAGGAGACGACUCAACUAAAUUAUCAAACAAAGCUCCAAGUUUAUACUUUAUUCCUGUAUUGAAAUUUGAUGGAGUCCCGUGUUUAUCUACUUCAGAACUAAAGGAUUAUAUAACCAAAAUGUUCUCGUGUCAACCGCUUCAAAUUAAUAAUUGUUAAUAUCAGCAAACAAACCUCAGAAAUGGAAAAGUUAUGAAUGAAACCUUGAUGAUGUCAUAUUUUGUAUUCGUAUAUUUACAAAUAAUUUUUUUAAUAUAUAACUUUUCAAAACCAAGAUGGGAAUAUUUUCAAAAAGUAUUUAUUAUAUAAAUUGAAACCAAAGUAAAUUGUUUUUGGCUUAGUAUUUUGUUAUAACUUAUAUUGAAAUGUUUUAAAAAAUUAUAAUUUCUUUGUUAUUUAAAUUAUUUUCUUUUGUAUAAAUUUUGUAUAAUUUAGCUUAUUCCUGGUUUGCCGAUGUUACAUACAGUGAGGUUAGAAAUUCUACAAAAUCAAUUGUUAUAUUUAUUUUUAACAAUAACUAUUUAAAGAUUUAAUUUCUUGAAUAUAAAUCUUAUUUAAAACAAUUCAAAUUUUUAUUGUGUAUGUUUUUAUUCCAAUGUAGCAGUGAAUAAACAUAUAAUGUUUUCCGUAUCACAACGUGACUUUUCAACCAGUAUAAUAUUUUUUAAUUAUUAUUCAGUGUCAAUGGCAUGAUCAGUACCUAUAAAAACUACUAUUUAUUCACUUUAUUCGACAAAAGCAUUUUUUAAUACACAAAAGUUUAGCGCGACUUGGUAUCGGAAAUAACCUAGAAAUGAAAAAUUAAUUUGUUUUUAAAAAUAAAUGCUCUAAUUACCUA